GUUUUAAAAAUGAGCGAUUGGGGCCCCCCGUGUUUAAACAUAGCGGUCAGGCACCCCAACGUUUCAAAAACGUGCGUUUCAGGCCCUUCUGUUAAGUACCGUUAGUUUGACCAAACGGAGCCAGUGACGUGGAAUUUCUUUUUCAUUUUAACAUUAUAUUUUUUACCAAAAAAUUCCCCCCCAAUUCACCAACCCGAUUCCCCCCAAUUUUAACCCUAAUUUCAUCCUAAUUUAGCAAACCAUGGAAUCUUCACCCCUCACCCUCAACUCUCUGAACAACUUCUUCAGCAAAACCAACAAGAUUUAACUGAGUUGAAUCAUUUCAUGGAGAUUUAGCAAAGUGUGAAGCGGAUGGUCCACAAGAAAUGGGGUUCACCAAAAGCAGCAAAAGAGUCUGAAAAAUUCCCAGAACCAAUCACUACCCCAAGGUUGAAGUGGAAGAAGCUCUUCUUCCACAGCAUCAACCCUUCAAAACCCAACAGCAACAACAAAACCCAGAACCCUCCAGAAGAGUUCCUCUGCCCCAUUUCAGGUUCCAUCAUGGCAGACCCUGUCAUCGUCUCCUCCGGCCACUCCUUCGACCGUGCCUCCGUCCAAGCCUGCAAGGAUCUCAACUUCACCCCUCAACUUCCUGAUGGUAACACCCCUGAUUUCUCCGUCGUCAUUCCCAACCUUGCCCUCAAAUCCUCCAUUCUCAAAUGGUGCCAAACCCAAACCACCACCGCACCCAACACCGCCACCACAGAGAACCUCGUUCGCACACUAAUGGCUUCCAAGCCGCCACCACCAAAAGACCUACCUGUGAAUCUCUUCACCCGCGCAGAAACUCAAGUCCCUCUGCGACCAACCCACCUCUACACGAGCUCCGAGGAAUCCAUAGCCACCGGAACUUCAUCAUCAACCCCGCCACUGCAAUUCUCAACGCAACCCAGUUGCUGCUACUCUUCCCCUUCCUCCUCUGAACUCGAACCAGCAACAACCCCAGAAGAAUAAGAAAUCGUAUUUGAAUCGAACGAGCUUCUUCCUCGGUUCUUACUCUCCGCGCUUCUUCCCCCCUUCUCUUUGAGCUUCUUCCUUUCUCCUUCUCUUCGAGCUUCUUCUUCUCCCCUUCUCUUCUUCUUCAUCUUCCUUUCUUCAAUUAGGUUAAAAUUGGGGGAGGGGAAUCGUGUUUC